AUGGCCUCGCAACAAGUAUCAGAGCCUUUUGCCCAAGAAAAUGGGGGUGCGGCAUCUCACACGCGCUCUCCGACCAAAGCAUUCGCGCACUUCGCGUCAACUACCGAGCCCUCGUCCGUCCCGUACGAGGUCGCCGAAACUCUGAAGAAGCUGGUCCUCGAUUACAUCGGCGUAUCCUUGGGGGCAGUCAGCUACGCAGACUCGACGCCAGCAUUUUUUGCCGCGCUCAAAAAGCUAAGCAUCGGAGAGUCUGGGAGAUCGACGAUCUUCGGCCGUGGUUCCACCUUCACCCAGUCGACCGCUUCGCUCCUCAAUGGAGCCUUGUCUCACUCCCUCGACUUCGAUGAUACGUAUGCACCGGGCACUCUGCACAUAGGCGUGACGGUCAUCACCGCCGCCCUCGCACAAGCCGAGACCAUGCCCGACCUUGCAUCGGGCCAUCUGCUCGCCGCCCUCGCCGUCGGCUAUGAGACUGUCUGCAGGAUCUCCAAGGCGAUCGGCAUGGGCGGCUACCCAAAGGGCUUCCAUAACACUUCGACGUGCGGCAUCUUCGGCGCCGUGGCGGCAAUCUCCAACCUCCGGGGCCUCUCCGCCGGGGCGGUCGAGAACGCAUUCGGGCUGGCAUUGUCGAAGACCGCGGGCAGCAUGCAGUAUCUCGAGAACGGAGCCUGGAAUAAGCGGCUUCAUGCUGGCUUCGCGGCUGCGGAUGCCUUGCUGUGCGUCAAUUUGGCAGACGCCGGCGUUGUUGGAGCUGCCGAGGCUAUCGAGGGAAAAGAUGGCUUCCUUAAUUCUUACGCCCAGGGCGCGGAUCUGAAUGCCCUCGCCGUGCAGGAUCUGGGGAAGAGGUGGGAGCUGGUUGAGACUGCUAUCAAGCCAUUUCCAGCUUGCAGAAUGACUCACGGGCAGAUUGAGAUGGCGGCGGAGAUUGGGCGUGUUGCGAGAAGUGAGGGCAAGAAAGUUGCCAAGAUAGUUGUCGGUCUGCCCAAGCCGUGCUGGGAAAUUGUUGGUGCGCCGGUCCCAAACAAGAUCCAUCCAAAGACAGUCGUCGAUGCUCAGUUCAGCAGCUACUACCAGACUGCCACUUCGUACCUCUACGGUCUUGACCUGGGAUGGGCCGUGUAUGAGAAGAGAGACGAUCCUACCGUGCGAGAUUUAUCCAGUAAGAUCAUCGCCGAGGUUGACGAAUCAUUGAAAUCAUUCGAAAGCAAGCUUCAGGUUGAAUGGGCGGAUGGCACCGAGGUCAGCAAAUCCUGUAUGCUUCCUCUUGGGGAGAGAGAGAGGCCCAUUGAUUGGGAAGGCGUGAAAGCAAAGUUCCAGAGACUUUAUGCACCGGUCUAUGGUGAAGAGACAGCUGAGGAGGUUGCAGCGCUGGUGAAGAACCUGGAGAAUGUUGAUGUGAAGCAUUUGAUGGGGAUACUUGGUAAGUAG